CCAGUUAUGUAUUUCCCGAGGACCUGCCCUACUCAAGCACUGCCUCAGCUGCUUUCUGCAGACACACCCGGCCACAUCUCAUGACACUGCAGGAAGACCCCACACAGGACGGGCGAGGGCGUCGCCGUAUGGGCACGGUGACCUGUCUGUGGGGGUGCAGCUUUGGGGGCAGGUCUGGCACAGGGGCCCCAGAGCUGCGUCGCUGACCAGGGGGCAAUCACGGCCUCUCCCAAACACUCCCACACCUUCCCAGGCAGUGUGCACAGCGGCCUUGCUCACCCAGGUGACGGACUGGGUAAAGGAGUGUGCAUGUCCGCAUGCAAACUCACGGCCAUACAUUAAAAAUCAGCUCAAAGAGUCAUUCCCUUGAGGAGCAACACAAUACAGUUCCCCCCCACCCGUCCAUGAACUUCCCCCCGGUGUGACGGCGGUUCCAGGGAGUCACACGGUUAUUUUGUAACCAUCAGGGCAUACGUGGUUAAUCAUUUGCAUUUGGUCAAAUAGGCGUUGCUUUGGAAGUAGGAAGUGGAAAUUCAGCAGCUUGCUUUUUGGCCAGUGCUGGCCUGUCACUGCCUUUUUUCUCAGUGGUUAUUAACAUUUCAUCCUGAGAGAAGCGCAUUGGUGAUGUGGGCACCUGGAGCAUCUCUGAGGACAGUGCAACCAGACAACCCACUCCGGGCCUCAGCGCUUCUCACGGUGCAAAUCCCUGAAGUAUAUUGUAAACGACUUGCAGACUCGGACUAUACAUAAUAAGUAUUCUGGACACAUGGCACUUCUGUAGAUUUUGAUUCACUUCUGUCCUGUUGCCUCUGCUGGUGAGCCAGAGGGCUUGAGCAUCCAGCCCUUCUGCACCAGGCCUGUGUUUUCUGCCCCAGUCAAGCACCACAAUGAGUGCGGACGCAGUGAACUCCACCGCUGUCUUUGAUUUAAAUGAGGAUUAUUUUGGGUUGACUAAUACUUCUGACUAUUCAGUUGAAGAUGACACAUUACUCUGCUCCUUGCAGGAGGUCAGGCAGUUCUCUGGGCUAUUCGUGCCCAUUGCCUACUCUGUGAUAUGUGUCUUUGGCCUCCUGGGCAAUAUCUUAGUGGUGGUAACCUUUGCUUUUUAUAAGAAAGCCAAGUCCAUGACAGACGUCUACCUCUUGAACAUGGCCAUCGCAGACAUACUGUUUGUCCUCACGCUCCCGUUCUGGGCUGUUAACCAUGCUGUUGGUGAGUGGGUUUUCAACAAUGCCAUGUGCAAGCUGAUCGCGGGCAUCUACGCCGUCAACUUCAACUGCGGGAUGCUGCUCCUGGCCUGCAUCAGCAUGGACCGCUACAUCGCCAUCGUGCAGGCCACCACGUCCUUCAGGCUGCGCUCCAGGACACUCGCGCACCAUAAAACCAUCUGUUCCGCAGUGUGGGUGGUGUCCAUCCUGAUCUCCAGCUCAACCUUCACGUUCAACCAGAAAUACAACGUGCAGGGCCGCGACGUGUGUGAGCCCAGGUACCACAGGGUCUCGGAGCCUGUCAGGUGGAAGCUGCUCAUGCUGGGGCUGCAGCUCCUCUUCGGUUUCUUCAUCCCACUGGUGUUUAUGGUGUUUUGCUACGUGUUCAUUGUCAAGACCUUGUUGCGAGCUCAGAACUCCAAAAGGCACAAGGCCAUCCGUGUGAUCAUAGCCGUGAUCCUCGUCUUCAUGGCUUGCCAGGUCCCGCAUAACAUGGUGCUCCUCGUGACUGCUGCAAACCUGGGCAGAAUGACCCGCUCCUGCCACAGCGAGAAGCUCAUUGGCUACACCAGGAAUGUCACCGAGGUCCUGGCUUUCCUGCACUGCUGCCUCAACCCCGUGCUCUAUGCGUUCAUCGGUCAGAAGUUUAGAAACUACUUUCUGAAGGUCAUGAAGGACCUGUGGUGUGUGGGAAGGAAGCAGAAGUCACCGGGCUUCGCCUGCUCCAGGCUGCACUCUGAAACCUUCAUCUCCAGGCAGAACAGCGAGGCCGUGGACAAUGAAAACGCUUCAUCCUUCACUAUGUGAUGCCCUGAGCAUGUGCCGUGGGUGUGCUAGCAGGCGGGAACAUGGGAACCGGACAAGCUGCCUUCUGUGUGAGGCCAGGACUGCACCAUCUCCCCACGGGGUGCAGUGUGUACCCCAGUCGCCUGGCCAGGAAUGCUGUGACUCUGAAGUAGUUUACAGCUGGCUUUUCACAGAACAGGCUUUGGGGAAGGCUGAAUUAAAGCAGAUUGCUUACAGACAUGAAAAAUUUCAGAGACAGUCAUGAAGCCACCCUUGACUGCAAUUUCUCUGGGUUGUAGCAAAAAAAAAAAAAAAUCACGUGGUCUGAAAAAAAAAAACAGAAAAAAAGAAAGACCAAAUAAAAGCCCUUGCAUGACUCCUAUUAGGCAAAAGGUUAAACAUCUUAUCCAUUGGAAUGUUCACUCUUGACAAUCACAGGCAGCAGGAUGGACUGGCUUGAGUUCUAUCUCCUUUCCCGUUGGUGCCCUCAGCAAGAGUGAGACUGUAAAAAGGCAGAAGGAAAAGCACAGGAGUUCACGAGCUGGGAAAGCGUGUGGGGAGACAGUGAGGUGGCUGGACAGCUACUAGGGGCAAUUGUCACCAAGGGCAAGGCGACAUCAGGAAGGUGUCCAUUUGCUCUUUUUCCCAGAGAAAGUGGUCUCUGUGAUAGGUCAUGCUUCUCCAGAAACCCAUCAGACCUGGAUGCGUGGGGCUUAUAGAAGGGGCUUAAUAAAUACUUGUUUAGCAAAGUGUACUCAGUAGGAAGCUAUAGAGCAGCUUAAAGUGUAAAAAAUUUCUUUCUUUAAGUAGACAGCUUUUUAAAAAAGAAAAAGGAAACUUCACUGAGACCAUGUGGAAGGAGCUUCCAUUGCCAUAGGGGAGCUGAAGGUGUGGACAGGACUGUGGUCAUCACCAGCCUCAAACUAGCUGGCCGACAGUGGCUACCAUGUUGGCGUCUGCUGCUGGUUUGAAUACCAAAAGUCUGAGGUUAGCUAUGGAAUCUGAUUUUAACAACUCUCUUCAACUUCGUAGAAAGUUCACAGGACUCACGUUUUGAAAGUGCUGUGUAAAUGUAUGAAUACAAGUGGAAAAAUACCAAUACGUAUUACAAAAACACAAACGCAUAUUAGAAAUGUACCAAAGAUAUGUUUUUGCAAAGAUUACAAAGAUACUGACGAGUAACCUUGACAAAUGUGUUAUUUGAAACUUUCUAUCAUUAUUGUAAACUUUAACUGCAUUUCAAUAUGAAAUUCAAAGUCAUAUUUUAGGAUUCAAAAUCUGUAUUUUUAAAACAUGGCUUGGCUUUGCAAAAUAAAACAGUUCUGUGUGUGAAGUA